AUGCCAGAAGUAGAUGACUAUUUUAGGGAGGUUGACGUAAAUAAGUGGAGUUAUGAUGGAUUUCUCAAAUUCUUGACAACUGAAAAAUGCAGUGAAGAAAUUUGGAUAAGCUCCUUGAGAGCUAUUAGCAAAAAUAAAAAAUAUCCAGACUAUAUUUUGGAUAUUAAUCGAUUAAGCAACUCAUUGCAAAAAAAUGAAACUCAUUUUUUGAGGAAUUUGUUUCCACCUGUAAAUAUAGAAGUUGAUGAAGAGGUCAAUAGAUAUUUAGAUAAUAUAUUUUCUAUUUUUAAGGGUGAAGAGGAAAGUAAAGAG